ACUGUAAACAAUGGCAGCCAGCAGUUCAGCAGUGACAGUUCUGACUCCAAAUGGGAGAAGACAAGCAGUUAAAGUGUCACCAAACACGCCGUUGUUACAGGUCCUGGAGGAUGUCUGCAUAAAACAUGGGUUUGACCCCGAUGAUCACGGUUUAAAAUUUCAGAGGACGGUUCUUGACCUGACCCUGCCAUGGAGGUUUGCCAAUCUUCCCAACAACGCUAAACUGGAAAUGGUGACAAGUACGAGGAAACAAAGUGGAGCUGACAGUCAGGUGCGGGUUGCGCUCCAGAUGGAGGACGGCUCUCGGCUCCAGGGCUCCUUCUCCUCUGGACUGAGUCUGUGGGAGCUGAUCACACAUUUCCCCCAGAUCAGCGUGUCUGAGCUACUCGGAUCAGGAGCCACUCCUGUGUGUGUUUACAUGAGAGACGAGGUGAGUGGGGAGGAAGCGCUGAAGAAGGCCACUCUGAAAUCUCUUGGUCUUACGGGAGGAAGUGCCAUUCUCAGGUUUCUUCUUAAAAAAGACAAAACGCCAGGAGAGGAGGAGGAUACUGCUGCUAUGCCAAUCCCGCCUGUUGCCAAGGAAACCACUCCCAGCCCAUCACCUCAGCCUGAUCCUGCUCCCAGUCCUGUUCUGUCGUUUUCUGGGACAGCACCAAAACCUGUGCAAACUCAAGACUCGCUUCCCGCUGAGCCACUAGAAACGCCACCAGUGCCAACUCCUGCCACAUCCGCAGGCUCCAUUCCUAUCCAACAAGAAGACGUUCCAAACCUUCAGGAGGUGGUUCGGCCCAAAGUUCCCCCCGCAGGAAGUGAAAUACUAACUGAGGAUGCAGAAGAAGCGGAGCCAUCAGGACUGGACUCCCGUUCAUCCACUUCCUCCUCCUCUGCUCCUGCAACACCUUUCAUUCCUUUUUCCGGAGGCGGUCAGCGCCUCGGAGGCACAGGAGGAGAAACUAGUGCGCUCCCACUAUCUUCAUCAUCAUCUUCAUCUCUGUCUGCUCUUACAACAACAGUAGAAUCACCCAAAGCCAAAAAACCCAAAUCCAGCCACAGUUCGAACACCAAGUGUAAAACAACUGCCAGUUUGCAAGACCAGGGAGUGGAUCAUGAGGCGUUUUGGGAGCCGGUGAACAGGGAGCCUCUGAUCUAUCACCUGGACUUGACAUCCCGUCACACAGAGGACAACGAGGACCUGCCCGACGAGUUCUUUGAAGUGACGGUGGACGAUGUGCGGAAGCGCUUCGCUCAGCUGAAAAGCGAGAGGAAGUUAUUAGAAGAGGCUCCCCUCAUGACUAAAUCUAUGAAAGAAGCGCAGAUGAAGGAGAAGAUGACGAAAUAUCCCAAAGUGGUCCUGAGGGUCCAGUUUCCAGACAGAUAUGCUCUCCAAGGCUUCUUCAGGCCUCUUGAGACAGUUGAUGCUGUGAGACACUUUGUGAGAAGUCACCUGGAGGAUCCUCAGCUCAGUUUCUACCUGUUCGUCACCCCUCCAAAAACUAUUCUGAAUGACCCUUCAGCCACACUUUUACAGGCCGACUUGUUUCCUGGUGCUGUGGUUUACUUCGGCUCCGACGUCAAGACAGAUUUUUACAUAAAGAGAGAACUGCUUGAAACCUCAGUUUCAGCCUUGCAAGCAAAUAAAUCCAUAGCGAGCUGCAUGAUCCAUCCUCCAGAAACCUCCUCCAGCUCUGCAGGAGUCGAGGAACCUCUGUCGCCUCCAGAACCAGUGGAGGACUCCAACAGGUUGACACAAGAGGAACCAGACCCAUCAGUCCACACUCAGGCUGCUAAACCAGCCACAUCGAGCUCGGGCAAAAUGCCCAAGUGGCUGAAGCUGCCAGGGAAGAAGUAAGACGUCUGCAGCUGGACGAUCGGUGAUGCUCGGCUUCGUUUCUACAAACAUUUACCUUUUUGAGCACAUUGAACAUGAACUGAUUAGAAAAGACGCCUGAAUUCAAGUAAAUGUGAAAAUGAAGAGUUAAAUGGUUGGAAAAAAAAAACUAAUUUUCAUGAAGAUUGUUGUUUCAUUUUGAAAACGGA